AUGUCUGCGACGGUAAAAAAAAACAACAAAAAUGUGGACGCAAAUCACCCAGGUCCGGUAAAGAGUAUUUUAGCUGGUGGUAUUGCCGGUGCUGUGGAAAUUUCUAUAACUUAUCCUGCUGAAUUUGCCAAGACUCGUCUUCAGCUGUAUCGCCAAGUUGAGGGUGUAAAAGGAAAGUUACCGCGUUUUGGCUUGGAAUGGUACAAAGGCUGCUCAACAGUAAUUAUUGGAAAUUCUUUAAAAGCAGCUGUUCGAUUUUUCGCGUUUGAUAGUAUAAAAAAGACACUCGCCGAUGAAAACGGUCGUUUAACUGGACCUCGAACGGUACUCGCCGGCUUGGGUGCCGGAGUUGCAGAGUCUACGCUCGUUUUGACGCCUUUUGAAAGUAUCAAAACUGCUAUCAUUGAUGAAGGAAAGAAGCCCAAUCCUCGAUAUAAUGGAUUCUUAAAAGGUUCUAAAACUAUCCUCAAAGACGGAGGUAUUCCAGCUUUGUAUCGCGGUUUGCUUCCUACAGUAGCUCGUCAAGCUACGAACUCUGGUGUUCGCUUCACAGCCUACAACAGCAUCAAGCAAUCCCUUCAAAGCCGACUCCCUCCUGACGAGUCUCUUGGUACUGUGCCUACCUUUCUCGUGGGUUCUGUAGCUGGUAUUAUAACUGUCUACUGCACCCAACCGAUUGAUACUAUCAAGAGCCGCAUGCAAUCUUUAACUGCUAAGCAAGAGUACAAGAAUAGCUUCCAUUGUGCAUACAAGAUAUUCACUCAGGAUGGUAUCUUACGGUUCUGGUCCGGCGCAACUCCUCGUUUGGCUCGAUUAAUUCUCAGUGGUGGUAUCGUUUUUACUGUAUAUGAAAAAGUUAUGGAUGCUUUACAGAUUUUUUAA